GCGGCUGGCGAUGUCGGCAACGUGUUCUGUCACCAGGUAUCGCCGUGGGCGGAGUUCCAGCACACCGGCACCGAUGCUGCUGUUGGCGAUUGUUGGUCUGGCAAGCCACUGUUGCCGGGGACUCUUGUUUCCGUUGGUGUCCCACGUGCCAGCACCAGCACCAACACCACUCGCCCGAGCGACGAUUCCAAAACAAGGCGAUCGAUCCACUCUUCCGGCACCGAGACCCGAUUCCAAGCCGGGCACGGUCUGGGACAACCCUUCGCUGCUGGCCGCGGCAACCGCUACGAGUACCACCACCGGGGGCUACUCGUACCUUCCGCCUCCCGGAACCGAGCCGCCGGUGCAGACCCAAGCGCAGCAGAUGAGCGAUGCCAUGGUGCUCAAAACCAUGAGGGGGACGCAGUGGAGGGUCCUCGAGGACCGAUCGGCGUCGGCUUUUUACUCCGGGACCGAUUCGCAUUCGCCCCGCACGUGCCGGUCGCUGGCAACCUUUGCCGGCUUUGCCGGCGAGUUCAACAAGGGGACGGUUUCCGUGGAAUACUCGUGCGGAAGCAGCAGCAGCAGCAGCAGCAGCGCAAUGCCCACCGCCCAAGGUCGGUCUUCCGGUCGGUGGGUCACCAAGCCAUCCAGACUCUCCAGGGGGAGCAUCCAGCUCAGUCCCAGGUGGAAGGUGAGGCUUCCGAAGGAGAGCGGCGGGGGCACGGUCAUCUACAAGGGGUUCAUCGAUGCCCAGAAAAUGAUUGGCAGGGGCGGGAAAUCGGUCUCCGCCGAAAUGACCGGCGUCAUUCUCACGGGGGAAGAGGUCAACAAGGAAAAGGUGAUUGGGAGGUUUACCGCCGAUUUUGUGCGCCAGCUGGACGACGAAGAGGUCGAUGCCCUAAAGAUCGGCGGUGGCGGCGGCAAGGAAAUUACUGCCACUGGCAGCAGCAACAACGGCCCAAUAACUUUGUCUCCAAAAUAACAAAGCUUCCUACAGUAAUACAGUAUCGAUAGAUAUUAUUGUUUUUGAUCGAGAAUGCUACGCGGACUGUUCAGAACCAAUGGGGAUUCCUGCUUUCUCGUGUUCUGGAGAAGGUGUAACCCGCAUCCGGGCCUUUCGUGCUGUUCGACCUUGCAUUUCGACACCACAUGUUGGCAGCCAAGGUGUCCUCGUUCUUGGCAGAUCAUCGCUUUGCGCAAUACCACGGAACAAGGCAAGAUGGAACCGACGGCAUGGAUGGAGGCCUGCCUAGUCCGCCAUCGGCAAAGCCAAACGCCAAUCAUCAGGAGUUGGUGUAGUCAGUUCAAAGUCUUCCAUUUCAACAAGGCUUGGAAAACAGGAAAUAGAACCGCCGCACAGUAAGUACUGUAUCAACGUUGUAAAAAUAUCGUUCGGCUUCGUUGGCAAACGUUUUCGUACCGUUCGCAAGAACGCUUCCGUUCAUUACUGUAUUGGACCAAAACAAUCCAAGGCCGGCGAAGCAAAGUAGAAAUAAAAUAAUCGGACUCAA